AUGGCUUCAGGUAGCAUGACAAUAGCAGGUUCUGAGCCAGGCUUAACGCGAAACAUAUCAGACCGAGAAUCUGCAACCCGGGAACGUCUUGCACAAUCUCCCUUGAUAAAAUUCGCACGCUUCAACAACGCUACUUUAGAGCUCUUCGAGUCGCGUAUCGAAGACACGGAUUACAUCGCUUUCUCUCAUGUCUGGGGCGACUGGUCUUGGCGUUCAAUUGAUGGUAUACCGUAUGAGAUAAAAGCAUCAGAAGAGAAAGCCCAUUUCAUCGCAAAUGACCUACCGGCUUUAGUUGGCGAAGUUGCCUUUUGGAUGGAUACAUUAACUGUCGAUCAGCGAAAUCCAGUAGAAGUCUCGGAGAUCGUGGAUGCUAUCCCGAAUAUCUUUAGGAUGGCCAGAAAGACCAUCGCAGUCAGAGAAUGCGAUGGGUUAUACGACUGCUGCAUUGCUGCUGUUGAUGGCUUCGAGGACUAUGGGGAUUUCAACGACAAGUUAUACGCCCAUGGUGGGACGCACAGGGACCAUAUCUACGCGGAAUCCUAUCUUCAGAGACUGUGGACGCUGCAGGAGUGCCUACUCUCUCAUACGAUCGAGUUCGUGGUUGGGACAGACAAUCAUCCAAAGAAGCUUGCAGUGUGGGAACCGGUUGACGACAUACUCAACUCCCACCGCCAGACCGCCAAGACGGGGGUUAUCAUAAGUAGCCUCUCAAGGCUAGCAUUCUCGUUUGAUAUGUCCGAAUACACCCUGAUAGAGCUUCUCAAAGCUUAUGUUCAUGGCGGCACUUUCGUCACUCCCCGUAGAGUACAGCGUAGCCAGGAAGAAGACAUUCAUUCUGGUGAUUUUGUAACAGCUAAUCGAGCAUCUCAAAGAUCCGCUACCAUGCCUCGCGACUACAUCUUUGCAACGAUGCCCUCCUUCCCGUGGUACACAUAUCCUAAGAAAGAGGCUUUGUCAAUGUCCUUCGGGGAGAUCUAUCUGGACCUUUACCAACAAGCUGCACGCUCAGGGCAUGCUUUCACGUGCAAGUUCACGCGUUCGAUGCUCGAUCCCGCGUGUACAGAUUCCACGAAUGGUUGGCUACCAAGCCAACAUCUUCCAAGUCCGACAACGCUUGGUGACUUUAUGAAACUCGUCGGACAACGCGUACCUGAGAGCUCGAACGCUUCUUCACCGCAUGUGCACAUCACAUCGGUUGUGCGAGUCGAGGAGUUUGACUAUCGAACAUCCCCAGAUUCCGUCAUAGCUCUGCUAGAAGCAUGUCAAGAAAACUUCGAAACACAAUGGAAUGAGUCUGUCUUAGGCAAUGAGCUCCCAAAAUUCGGCCACCAUGCAAGUCUAGAUUGGACGCUUGAUCAUAAAGAUGCCAUGAGCUGCGGUUGGUUACCUAUCGACUCAGUGUCUGCUAUUCGAACGAAUAAGGACAGUGACCAACAUUUUAUAACAGGUAACUUGGUCUUGAGAUAUGAGGAAGACGACAUCAUACCAAAUCUCUGCGAUCUUGCUGGGAUUGAGGAAGAGGCACGUGCAUACGAGGUUAGCAAGCAUGUACAUCUCUUUGUGCAAGCCAGGAAUAUAUUACAACAUUCGUGGAUUCUGUUUAAAGGGGAUCGAGACAUUGCUGAAAAGCCUUGGUGGGAAGACAUCAAGGAGCAAAUACAGGGCCCGUCAUCGAUACCACUACUAUACGCCAUGCUCCUUCUCGCUGCCAUGAUCAACUGCCGCGUUCCAUUAUCAGCCGCAGCAUGGGUCAACAAGCUCUUUGCCCCCGUUCAAAUUCACUAUGGCGAUACAUUUGUCGCCAUCGGCCUCCUAGCAAAGCACGCACGCCAACCCAAAGACCAAAGGCAACAGCCCAUUUCCCUACUAUGCGUUGGUCAGCACCUCCCAAAUCCAGGCGAGGAAGCCAUUUGUAAAGAUCUAGUUCUAGUAGACGCAAAGUCCAAAGUCCCGGUCGGCCUGGUCCCUGAUUUUGGGUCUAAUUUGAUCAGCGAUGAGGAAUAUGCAAAGUUUAUCCCCAUCCUGUAUAACGGGUCUUGUGAGGAUUUGGGAGAGAAUGAAUUACGCGUCACACCUUCCCCGCUCAGCAGUACAAAUCCUUGA